AUGCGCAACCCACUACCAUCGUACGGAGGUGGGCAAGGGCCAUCAAUGGGCGCCCUUGCUCAAGCACAACACUUCUCAGGGCCACAGAAGCGCGCUGUCACUCUCUUCGUGGGCUCUAUAUCCGGUGGUAUUACCGACGAUUUUCUAUCCAAGCUGCUCGCAGCCUGUGGACCCAUUAUCUCUUUCAAGCGCCUGAUUACCCCUGCGAAUAAACCGCAAGGAUUCGGAUUCGCUGAGUUCGAAGAUGCCGACGGGGCGUUGCGCGCCAUCACUCUACUGAAUAACGUGGAGUUGCCUGCUCUGGAAGACGGAUGCGUCAAUAAGAAGCUGCUGGUGAAAGCGGACGAAAAGACGAAGACGUACUUGGACGCGUAUGUCACGUCGAAAAGGGUAACAGACGCCGACACCCAAAUCCAACUCCGCGCCAAAGACGCCGUUCAAACCCUCCUCUCCGAAAUAUUCAAAGCGUCAGACGAAGCUGCUACAGCUGGUUCCCUUGACCGUGAACGUUACGUCAUACCGCCACACUUACACGACCUUCACGAAGCCGACCUUCCCGAGACCCAACGCGGACUCGUGAUCAGUGAGAUUGCUCAGUUCAGGGAGAGAGCGGCAAAGAAGGAGCGGGAGAGGCAACGAGCGUUGCCGGCUACCAUCAAUGCGCUUGCGCCGGGUCCCGGACCGGGGAUGGGUGGUGCGCCAGUUGGGCCUGCUAAUGGACGGAGGGAGUGGGGACAACCGCAAGGAGGUGGGAGAGCAUUUGGUGCGGACGCUCAGCAGGGGUAUAAUAAACCUGUUGGAUUUGUCAAGGAGGCGUCGGGUCAGCCAGGAGGGAGGACGAAGACGGAUGAAGAAGCUGAAGCAGAGAGGAAGGAAGCUAGAAGGCGUGAAGAGGAGGAUUCAUUCCGCGAUAGAGAACGGCGCUACGAACCACGCGAGCGUUCCCGUAUCCAAGCCCUUGAACGUGCAAUCCACCGCGAACGCCAAACAUCCGAAGCUGAAAUCCGGGACGGCGCCGAACUUCGUUCCCAUCUACACGUCUGGGACGACGACGCCUCUGACGAACUCUUCUACACCGACCGCCAACGCUGGCGUCAACAGCGUUCUCGGCGUCUCGCGGCGGAAGAGAAGGCGGACGACGAGGGCAGAAGGUUCGAGGAGAAGGAGGCUGAUAACCUAAGGAAGGAGAGUGAGGCGUUCUUGGCGAGACAGAUGGACGAGGUCCGGGCGUUGGCGGAUGAACAGCGGAAGGCUGGCAUGCUUCUGGACGAUGGUGCUCCAGUCAAGCUUGCAGCCAAAAUCUCGCUGUCAAAUAGCAUCACGUCCAACGCGGCGAACAAAGACUCUUCCGCGCCUGCUCCGGCGGCACAGACGUUGUUCGGCAAUGAGGAGGACGAGGAAGAAGAACGGAAGAAGAGGAAGGCGCCGAUGCAGUUGCUCGACUUCACUGCGGCAAAUGAUAGUGCGAAGGCGAAGGAGCGACUGGGGUGGAUUGCGGAGAGUGUGCCGAGGGAGCGCGAGGUGUUGUUCAAGGCAAAGGUCCGGUGGGACGCUGUUUCUGACACUUUGGUCGACCGCAAGUUCGAACCGCUCGUCAAGCGCCUUAUGGUCAAAUACCUCGGCGAACUUGAAGACGACGAUCUGGUUCUGUUUGUAGUCGAACACCUCAAGGAUCACAAGAGUCCGCGAGCGCUCGUAGAGGGGCUCGAGCCGGUCCUCGAGGAAGAAGCGGCCGAAUUGGCCAUCGCCGUCUGGCGCCAAGUCAUAUUCGAGAGUAUGGCGUAUGGAGAGGGCUUGCAUACCGAGAAGAUGUUGGUCGACGAAAACAUCUAG